ACAACUCUUAAGGGCUUGCAGGGGGAACCCACUGCAGAAACAACCAGAAACUAAGACAUCUGACAGAACUUCAGGAUGCUGUUUCUGACUUUGCUGGGUGCUAUGACCUUCUCUGCUUAUGCAGCAACCCUGGCAGAUCCUGGCUCUGAAGAGGACGCCCUGAGAUACCUAAAGGAGUUUGGAUAUUUACAGAAGCCCCUUGAAAGCAACAGCGAGGAUUUCAGUGCUGAGGAUGUGCAAGACGCUAUACGAGUAUUCCAAGUUGCUUUCGAACUCCCAGAAACAGGUGUCCUGGACAGUGAGACUCUGGAGAAGAUGAAGCAGCCUCGGUGUGGAUUAGAAGACCCUUUUAACCAGAAGAUUCACAGUUAUCUGCUGUUAGGGCGGUGGAGAAAAAAGAAUCUGACUUAUCGCAUACAUAAUUACACACCAGACAUGACGACUGCUGAAGUGAACACCGCCAUCCAAUCAGCUUUCAAAUACUGGAGUGACAUCACCCCCUUGAAAUUCAGGGAGAUCAAAUAUGGAAGGGCAGACAUAAGAAUUUCUUUCCACCGACUGGGAUCUGGUUGCUCGCGUCCAUUUGAUGGUCCUGGGAAAGUCCUGGCCCAUGCGGAUAUCCCAGAGCUGGGAACAAUUCAUUUUGAUGAGGACGAGUACUGGACGGAGGGCACGUACCUUGGUGUCAAUCUGCGUAUCAUUGCCGCACAUGAGCUGGGACAUGCUUUGGGUCUGGGCCACUCUCGCUUCAGCAACGCACUGAUGGCGCCUCAGUAUGCUGGAUAUAAGCCUAACUUUCGCCUCCAUGAUGAUGAUGUGAAGGGGAUUCAAGUUUUAUAUGGUAAGAAUGACCGUUAUGAGGAAAAAGAAGAGACUGUUACAACAGCAGCACCAACCUUCUCUCCAACUCCCAGCGGCCCUAUGCCUGACCCUUGCCAAGACAACCUAGAUGCAAUAAUUCUUGGGCCUUAUGGGAAAACCUAUGCCUUUAAAGGAAACUAUGUGUGGACAAUCACUGACUAUGGCAUUAGUCCGCUCAGCAAGAUCCAGGUCCUAUGGAAAGGGCUUCCAGGAAACCUGGAUGCUGCCGUUCAUUCCAAACGCACCAAGAGGACAUAUUUCUUUAAAGGAAAUAAAUUAUGGAGGUACACGGAUUUUAAAUUGAACUCUGGGUACCCAAAAGUUUUAACUAGAGUACCUGCGAAUAUCAGUGCAGCCUUAUACUGGGAAGGAAACCAGAAGAUAUUUCUUUUUAAGGGGGAUAACUAUUGGCAGUGGGAUGAGUUAGCAUGGAGCAAUCUGUAUCCCAAGAAAAUCUCCAAUCUAUUCACAGGAAUCCCUGGUAAAGUGGAUGCAGCCCUGACCUGGAAGAACGGCAAAAUCUAUUUCUUCAAGGGAGACAAGUACUGGAGGGUGAGCAAGCAGCUAAGUGUGGAACGGGGAUACCCACUCAGCAAGGCAGAGCGUUGGAUGCAGUGCAACCACCUUAAUUAAUGACACUGUAAGUGUAAGGAAUGUGUUGCCCACUUACAGCAGUUCUUGAGACCUGCUCACCAACUAGAAAGACGACCAGGAGUCCUCUUGCCAUAUAUUGACGUCUAUGGCAAUUUUUUUUUAACUAUAGCACAAAACUUAAAAGGCAAAUUAAUGAAGAUUCCAUGUAAUGCAAUUUAAGGAACGUUCCUCUGUGCAUUCAGCAAUUGUCUCACCAUUUGGAUAUCAUAAUGCAAUGACUGUGGAUACUUCAUACCAUUCCCUGGCACCUGGACUAAUGAAGUUGUGCACUAAUCAUGACUACAGAUUUAAUGGCAGUUAAACAGCACCAGCUAUAGAACAAAUAUUUCUACAGCAUUAUAAGUUCAGGGUAUGAUGGACACUUUGGACCUAAUUCAGAUGCGGUUGCAAAGCGGCUAUUAUAAGCAAAUCAGCUGAUAUUUUCUUACUGCGCAUGCGUUUGAGCCGCAGUGCGCACGCACAUCAAGUGAGUUACAUUUACACUGAGGAAUGGCUCGCAGAGUGACAGGAAGACAGCGUUUGGGGGUGGGAAUGGGGAUUGGUUAGGUAAACGCAGGCGUGUCAUGGCGUUCAGACGCUGUUUUCUGGGUGUGAAUAAAUUAGCAGUUGUGAUCUUACUUGCUACUGGAGAGCUCUCUGUGUCCCAGGAGAGUAGUUCAGCCUGCGCGUCUUCAGAGUCACUCAGACUACGACAUGACCUGAUUUGCUGCGAUGGUACCACUGUAUCAACAAUGCGAUAGCACUGGGCAUCUUUAUGCUCAGGUUACCAUAUUAGCAUAUAAUCGCAAUUGCGUACGGCAAACGAUAGGAACAGCAAAAACAAGAACAAGCGCACCUGAAUUAAGUCCUCUGUAUCUUCUGCAGCUAACUUUUGUUUUACAGUGAUUCAGGCAUAAUGCAUUAUAGUGGUCAAGUAUUUUAGGCAUAACAAAUCAACCAUAAAAAUCUGUACAUAAUGAAUAUGAAUUACAUAAUGCAAGCAUGCAGCAGGGCUUGUGAACUAAAGACCUUCAUUACAGCAUGCACAGUCAGUGUGUGUCUGAUUUACUGUGGGCUGGAAAAUGUGGUGUGCUGUAAUAUGUAAGUCUGCAGUGCCAUCUGCUGGCAGGUGACAAUUUAAGUACAAACAAUAAAAUAUUUGGAGUAAAGUUA